UUGCCAUUUAAAUUUUGUGAAAAUAAAUAGCUGUUUAAAAUCUUGCGUUUGCAUUUAAUUAAAAUAUCAAAAAAAAUUAAUUAAUUAAAUUCUGCAAAAUCUUAAUCAAAAAAGAUGAAAACUCAAAGAAUGGACUCUCCAUAAGCUUACCUAUUAGCAUUUUAAAAUUAAUAGGUGGAUUAUAGAAACAGAUCAAAAUCAUAAUAUUCAGAUUUUUCAAAUAAAAACUAAGUAAAGCCUAUCAAUUAAAAAUUUCUUGUAGAUUAUAGUCCUUAUGAUAUAUGCAUCCCAAAUAAUAAUAUCGCUAGUUAGCAAUAAAGAAGCUCUAGUAUGCAAAACUCUUCUUAAUACUUGCAAGAAACAAGCGAUAAAACAUAGAGAGAUUAGGACUCGGAUGGCUCUUUUAGUGGUCUUAUCAAAUACUUAGAGAACUAAAAGUGUUUUGAAUAUUCUAAGCAAGUAAAAUGCUUGCUUAAUAAUAUGAAUAAGUUAAAAGAAGAAAAUUUAAAGCUUAAGAAAAGGCAAUUAGAUGUUAUCAGUCUUUUAUCUAGUGCAAAUAGUUACUAAAGUCCUUUUAGAGAAAAAUCUUAAAAUCAAGUAAGCUAGAAGCCAAUUUUAAGCUCACCUAAAAAUUUAGUAGAUGAUAACGAAGAAUCGAAUAGCAAAGGCUAUUAUAAAAAAGAUUCAUUAAGUAAAAAUUUAUUUCAAACCUUUGAUUCUGCAUCUUAGAUUUCUCCAAUUUAAAACCACUAUAUAAAAUCUCCUGAAAGUUGCUUGAGCAUUCCUUUUUCAUAAUCUUCUAUUGAAAAAGAAAUAAAAAAAGAAAAUAUUUGCUAACCAUAUUUAUAUGAUUUGCAAUAGUAGCCUAAUCAAAUAAUAACUUAAUUUACUAAUAUUUAAAAUAAUGUUUAGAAAUAAUAAAAUAAAAAUGAUUAAUUGAAAUAAUAAAAUUAUAGUAAUAAUUAAAAUGGCUUAAAUAAAUAAUCAUUUUAGAAUAAAUCUCAACCAUAAUAAACAAAUAAAAACUAAUAAAAAUAAAUUCUCUAAGUAAAAAUAUAAAAUUAAAAGAAAGACACUUCAUAAUAUAAGUAAGUAUCUGAUAUAAUAUCUUAAUCGUAAUAUAAUUCAUAUUUUUAAACUAAUGACGCAUCUAACGAUAUUGGAAGAAAGACUGCUACUUUCUUAGAUUCUAUUAUUAUUUAACCAACAUAAGCUAACAAAACUGCUAAUUUAAAAAAUAAUCAUAAAAAAACAGUCAUAAAGCCAUACAAUAGAUUGAAAGAUUCUCUUAAACUAUAAAAAAAUACAUAUUGUAAAUCAAACAGUCCUUAGAGAUCUAGGAAAAAUAAUAAUACUUAAAACAAAAGUUAGCCUAGAAAAAACUUUGUUUGA